AUGCAAGCCCUGUACUUCGAUACUUCGCCUCAGCUCCAGUCUUCCAGCCGCCCUGCGUUUCAGCGAGCUCGGGCUGCAUGUCAAGCAUGUCGCACAAAGAAGGUACGCUGCAAUGCGAGUGACGGGGUGCGAUGCUCAAAUUCAAGUAGGAAGACAAAGACCUCCAGACGUAUCCUUUCGGCUGUGCCGUCUGCACCCAAAGAGCCACCUGUCGCGAUCGAUGGCGACGGGCAGCUGGCUGCACCCCGGCACGACGAGAUCCAAAGGACAGGUAGCUAUGAGCCUCGAGAGCUUGUUGAUGACGAGCGCUCGCGACUGGGCUCCGAACCUUUGGAAUUGCCUUGGGCAAUAGGCGGUCCCCAGCACAGGCAGAUAUAUUCCCACACAGUCCGCAGCCUUUCGCCUUUACACUCCCUGUCAGACCGCAGAGCACCAAUAAUAGAUCUUCCCAGCUACAUUAAACCACAGCCACCGAGUCUGGGUGCUGACGACAUCGAGUACCUUCAAAAGAAAGGUGCCUUCGUUCUACCGGACCCAGCCCUGAGAGACGAGUGUUUGCGGUGCUACAUUCUCUAUGUGCACCCAUUGUAUCCGACUGUGGAUUACACUCAGGUCUGGUCAAUUGUUCACAAAACUCCCGCCGGCAGAGGCAGGCUAAGCCUAUUGCUGUUGCAAGCCCUCAUUUUUGCUGGAAGUAUGUGGGCCGACGUAAGGCUUGUACGACGCGCUGGCUUCCUCAGUCGAAAGGCUUUCAGGAACAGCCUCAAUCAAAGAAUUCGAGUCUUGUACGACGCCGACUAUGAAGACGACCAAUUGACCUUGGUGCAGUCUUUGUUGUUAUGGUCCUUCUGGUGGAAAGGGGCGAACGGACACAAGGAUGGCUACCAUUGGGUUGGUGUGGCUUACUCCAUCGCGCGAUCCAUCGAUCUGCAUCACCCUACGACGGACAACGGCUCUAAUCGAGCUCCGCAGCAUCUACGAAGGCAACUCUGGUGGGCAAUAUGCAAUCGGGAGGUCAUUGGAUCUCAUAGCAUGGGCCGUGAGCCCAGAUUCAAGGAUGCCGACCACACCGUCCCUAUUCUUGGGUUGGACGAUUUCGACUAUGGCAAAAUGAUGUCAGAGGCACCGUCCGACAUGCCUCGCGCUACGGAAGCUCAAUACCUCGAUUUGGCCCGAAUCACAGUAGAGUUUGUCAAACUGAAUAAGAUCUUUAGCAAAAUUCUCGGCGUCGUGUGUCACGAAAAUUCGGUGAAUAGGACGACUAUGCUCUACUCGGCUCAACAAAUGAAAGGCUCGAACAGCGUGUCCUCAACAAAAGGGCGGUUGAACAUCGACGACCUCAUUGAAUGCGAUAGGGAACUCACCCGCUGGCGGCAACAAGUCCCCGAGAACCUUUGGCACACUGGACCACUGCCAUUUAGCCCUCCUGAAUGGCGGAAGGCCGAGUUGAGCCAUCGUGCGAUAUUGAGCAUGAUGUACCAUAUGGCCUUGAUGACCGUCCAUCGACCACAAGUGCUACCUUUAGAGUCUGCCGCUCCAAGCCCUACAGGGACAUCUGAGCGGAACAGAAGACACAUAUCGCGCGUACGCCAGAGACACUCUGCGCAGGAAAUCACGAGCAUAGCCAUGGAUUUCUUCAAUGCGGAUCUGCUCACCUUUUUGCCGGCUACCGUAGUCAGUUGUCUCAUGCCUGUCAGCAUCCUCCACACAUUAGACAUCUUUUCCGAUGAUGUCAGGAUCCGAACCGAAGCCACGCGGCAGCUGGACGAGUGCAGGGCCAUGCUUUACACGCUCGCAGAGCGACAAUUUGCGCCCGAAUGGGUUUUACAGACCGUGGAACAUCUCUUGAGCCGAGCUAAGCAAUGCGAAGGUUCGAAAGGCGCCUCAAGACUCAUGCAGCGGGCUCCCAGCGAUGCGGAGAGCCAUCCUGCUCGAUAUGAAGACCGGGACCGGGUGCCCAGCAACGACCGCUCCAAUAAUGAAUUUGAACAGAUAGAGCAGCCCACUGCGGCUACUAUCGCAAAUCCCGAUGCAGGCCAGCUAGAGUGGGAGUCUUGUUUAGUCAACCCAGAGGGAUGGUCAGAUUUUCAAAUACCGGCUUUAUCAGGACGACCGUUUCCCACAGACAUUGGCAGUUCUGAAGCCCUCGAAGAGUCAUGGCUAGAUUUUGCCCGCGUCUCCGGGGCCAUGCCUGGCUCGAAUCGGUUAAUUGGCCAUUUCUAA